AGGCAUCGGUCGUCUGUACAGCGCCCCAGGUGCUUCUGAUGUGCAGCCAAGACGAGCUCUCUCUGGAGCAGCACAACCUGUCUUCGCCCUCCGCGGAGCACCCGCUGAAGGAGAGCGCCGCGCACAGCACUGCACAUGUGGCCUUAACGGAGGCUGCCCCAGGGUCCCAGCCGAGCAGUCCUCCCCACCUCAUGUCCUCUCCAUCCGCUGCUACUUUUGAUACAGCCUUUUUUAACCAAGGAGAACUGACCCCAAGUACAGCAGAUCACAGCAUCUUUGUGGCAAAUUCCGUGUCAGUGACGAGCAACGAAGUGGUCAUAGAUGACGAUGAAAUGGAUAACUUUUUGCCAGAAACUCAGUGGGCCACCUCCCACGUGGUCUCUCCGAUACAGUACGUCACAGUCAGCCCCCCGGGGCUGCCCGAGGAAACAGCAGACUCCGUGCUGACGCCACCAUUGCCCACUGUUCCUUCACAAGAUGAAGAAGUGACAUCCGCCUGGCAAGACACAAUGCAACAACCGACAACGUGUGCUGAGUCCCCCAGUCAUUGCAGUGUUUUCCCGUCAACUUUUCUCGCUUCCGAGGCCAUGAUUCCAACCCCUAGUAGGAAUUUGGUGCUUUAUCCUACUGACCCUUAUGGACGCUCAUCAAGCAGGACUUUGCUGGAGGUCGUGGCUUCAGGAACAGAGGGCGUAGAAACCCUCCUUUUUAGCUCCACAUCUUCAGUGCCUCAGCCGUCAGGCGAUGGCCUCACUCAGCCAUUCCCCCACACGGGGGAGGCCUCAGCGCCUCCAGAGGGUGUUCUGGCCCCGGGUUCAGACAGAUACCCUGAUGGGACCACUGCUUUGAGUCAGAGUCUAAAAGAAACCAUCUCUCCAAGAACAUCUCCAACUGCAACUACAUCCCAGACGGCCCUUGCUUUUAGCAGCAGCUGCAGCAUAAACUCAGCUUUGUUUUCAAGUCCUCCUGCAUUUGUGUCCUUUUCUACUCGGUCAGCUGAUGUUUCAUAUGACCCCGUUCUUCCUGGCAAUUCCAGGGAAGCAUCCGAAUUGCCUGGCAGUUCAGUGGUCCCAAACCAUGCGGACGACACUCCUGUCUGGAGCCCAGCGUCUCCACUCAGACCGUACACGUGGUGCGGGUCCUGCUCUAUGGCAUCACCGCGGCACGUUCUGUCCACGAGCCUCGUGGAGAAAGACGGGGGCUCAGGGGACAGUGCUGAGACCAUGACCGUAUGGGAAGCGAGCAGCAUCCCUCCACCAAGCAGCAUCUCUCCACCGAGCAGCAUAGCAGAGGACUUCUCUGAAUUGGAGGGAGAUCCUCAAGAAUAUAACCUACUUUUCCCCUCAAGACCAAUAGUUCCACUUUCUUCUCGGUUUGUGGAAAUCUCAGGAGCAAGCAUGGGUCUUUCGGCCGAGGCGGACAGGAGGAGCAUCAGGAUCACACAAGCGUAUCCUUCCCACGGCCCCUCCCCGCCAGUGUCACUCGAUCCUGCUUCCUCUGGCUCCGUCUCUGCCAUUGAAACUCAAGUAAUGCCGCCCAGUGUGACAGCUGUGUUUCCCUCGGCCGUCCCUGGUGUUCUCCUCGACUCGUCUUUCUCCAUCACGGCCGACGAAAACACGCCAUCACUUGCUUCCGGAGACCCGACGCCUUUUACGUCUUAUGGUUUGGAGCCUUCCGUAGAGGCUCCGCUUUUCCCUGCCCGAGAACCCGCCAGUGUUUCCCAACACGAAACCAGAAGUACUUCGGGGUUUGCAUCCAGCUUUUCCUCAACUCCACCGCUGGGAUUCAGCAGCUCGGCCCCUUUGUCUUCAGAAGGACUUGCGUCUCCAUCUCCGAUGUCAAGUGACGUGUCGACCAUCCUUGCUCAGGCCUUUCCCACCUUGGUCGAGACGCUUACAUUGUCCGACUCUCCCAAUCUGCAGUCGCCUCCGCUCUCUGUUCCUAAUUCCACAAACCUUGACUUUUCUCAGCUCUGGCCGAGCUCACAGCUCCUGUUAAGUGCAUCCACGUUUCUACCUAGUUACUCUGAAAUGUCACUUCUCUCAAGCUUCUACUCCACGUCUCUCACGCUCUCUGAAGCAGCCGCCGUUUCACCGGCAGAUUCUGAAGCUCGUUUUACCUCAGUUUUCACGGAAACUACCUCCUAUUUUGAGUUUUCACUUGUGCCCCACGAAUCUGCGGUCCCCACUCGGGUGCCCUCCAGCUCUGAGCCCAUCCUUGACAUUUCAACUGCUGGAGCGCACUCAGCGUCACUUCUGACUGCUUUUCAGACAACACCCCCUGUAACGGAAUCAUCCCUCUUUUCAACUCCAGCGCCUUCCGAUGGGGAUAUCAGUGCGAUGGAUGAUCACGCGUCUGUCUUACCCUCUUUCUCCACGGUCAUUCCUAUCACCACAAUAUUGGUCAUCGCCGUGUCCCCGUCCUCAGCAUCCUCCGCUGUUUCUGAAGUGGUCCCCUCACCUGUACCUACAGAUUCUGUAUUUGUGGGCCCAUCGUUCACACCCACAGAUUUGCCGAUGAACACAACCACUGAACUGAGCACAUCUCCUGCCAGCACUGCCCCUGACGAUGCUGUCGACAUCCUCCUGAACAGCACCCCUGAGAGUCAGAAUCCCCACGAGAGCAGCACAGUCCUCCCCUCGCCAUCCCUUCACCCUGUGUCCACCUCCACUCCCGAGGCCGUGGUUACUACUCCGGCAGUGGUCACCACCAGGCCGCCCUACGUGUGCGAUAUCACAAUUCCUGAUGCCUAUUUGAUCACAACUGUGCUGGCCAGAAGAGCCGUGCAGGAAUACAUCAUUACGUCCAUCAAGGAGGUGCUGAGGAUUCACUUCAACCGCGCCGUGGAGCUCAAGGUUUAUGAACUAUUCGCUGACUUCACUUUUCUGGUAACAUCUGGUCCUUUCGUUUACACGGCAAUAUCAGUCAUAAAUGUGCUUAUAAACAGUAAACUUGUACGCGACCAAACUCCUUUAAUCCUGGCUGUGAAACCUUCCUUCCUUGUGCCUGAGUCCAGGUUCCAAGUUCAAACGGUCCUUCAGUUUGUGCCUCCGAGCGUGGAUACUGGCUUCUGUAACUUCACCCAGCGCAUCGAGAAAGGCCUGAUGAUAGCGCUCUCCGAAGUGAGGAAACACCACCAGGGCACGUAUAACCUCACAGUGCAGAUCUUGAAUAUCACUGUGGGCUCUCCCAGGGUGGCGCCUCGCCGGGGCCCGGUGAACAUCGUCUUUGCUGUUAAAGGCACGCAGGGGUUCUGGAAUGGGACGCAAGUGAGCGAGCUGCUCAGGAACUUGAGUGUGGUGGAGUUCAGUUUCUAUCUGGGGUACCCGGUGCUCCAGAUCGCCGAACCCUUCCAGUACCCGCAGCUCAACCUGUCUCAGUUGUUGAAGUCCUCGUGGGUAAGAACAGUGCUCCUGGGCGUCGUUGAGAAGCAGCUCCAGAAUGAAGUGUUUCAAGCUGAGAUGGAGCGCAAACUGGCCCAGCUGCUGAGUGAGGUUUCCACCCGGAGGCGGAUGUGGAGAAGGGCCACCGUGGCUGCCGGGAACAGCGUGGUGCAGGUGGUAAACGUGUCGCGGCUGGAGGGAGAUGACGAUCCCGUGCAGCUCAUCUACUUUGUGGAGGAUCAAGACGGAGAACGACUCAGUGCAGUCAAGUCUUCAGACCUGAUCAACAAGAUCGACAUCCAGAGAGCAGCCAUUAUCUUGGGUUACCGAAUUCAAGGCGCUGUUGCCCAACCCGUGGACAGGGUGAAGCGGCCGUCGCCGGAGUCCCAGAGCAACAACCUCUGGGUCAUCGUCGGCGUGGUCAUCCCCGUGCUGGUGGUCAUGGUGAUCGUCGUCAUCCUUUACUGGAAACUCUGCCGCACAGACAAGCUGGACUUCCAGCCCGACGCCGUGGCCAACAUCCAGCAGCGCCAGAAGUUGCAGAUCCCCAGCGUGAAGGGGUUUGACUUUGCCAAGCAGCACCUGGGGCAGCACAGUAAGGACGACAUCCUGAUUAUUCACGAGCCUGCUCCGCUGCCGGGGCCUGUGAAGGACCACACCACGCCCUCCGAAAACGGGGAUGUCCCGAGCCCCAAGGCCAAGGUCCCCUCCAAGAACGUCCGCCAUCGAGGAAGAGUUUCGCCCUCAGAUGCUGACUCUACCGUAAGUGAGGAGUCCAGUGAGAGGGAAGCAGGAGAUAAGACGCCGGGCGCGGUGAAUGACGGGCCGCCACCACCCAGUUCAGGGAACGAGCAGCACUCCUCUGCCUCCAUCUUCGAGCACGUGGACAGGAUCUCCCGCUCCUCCGAGGCCAGCCGGCGGGUCCCCAGUAAGAUCCAGCUGAUCGCCAUGCAGCCCAUCCCCGCACCUCCGGUCCACCACCUGGCCGACCGAGUGGCAGAAACCAACAAAAUUAACAAAGAGGUAGACAGUGAGCUUCCUUGGAGCCGAGACUGUCUCCUACACAGUGUUUAUAUCCUGUGGGUGUUUGCUGCAGUGACCAGCAGUCAGAGCUCGCGGAUGAAACGUUCUCCCAAGGCCCGCCGGAAGCACCAGGUCAACGGCUGCCCCGGAGACGCAGAGAAGGACAGGCUCAUCACCACAGACAGCGACGGCACUUACAAGAGGCCUCCCGGCGUCCACAACUCCGCCUACAUGGGCUGCCCAUCUGACCCCGACCUCCCGGCAGACGUACAGACGCCGUCUUCUGCUGAGCUGGGCCGGUACCCAGGCCUGCCCUUCCCGGCCCCGCAGUACAUCCCGCCCCAGCCGUCCAUUGAAGAAGCCCGCCAGACCAUGCACUCCCUCCUGGACGACGCUUUCGCCCUCGUGGCCCCCAGCAGCCAGCCCACCAACGCUGCUGCAGGCCCCGGGGUCCCAGCUGGCCUGCCCGUGAGCAGCACCCCUUCCCGGGAAGAGAGACGAGCCGCCCAAUGGGGCUCCUUCUACAGCCCAGCUCAGAUGGCCAACAACCCGUGCAGCAGAUAUGACGACUAUGGAAUGACACCCCCAUCAGGCCCAUUGCCAAGACCCGGUUUUGGCCCUGGUGUGCUGCAGUCUUCGGAGCUGGUGCCUCCCGAGCCCCAGCAGCCACAGGCAUCGUCUGAAGCCCCGUUUGUUGCCCGAGGGAUCUACUCGGAGGACAUGCCAUCGGUGGCCCGGCCCCGGCCUGUCGGGGGCACCACAGGCUCCCAGAUUCAGCACCUGACCCAGGUGGGGCUUGCGAGCAGGAUCGGAGCUCAGCCGGUGGAGGUCCCACCAAGCAGAGGCGGCCAGUGCGGGGGACCAGGCUGGCCUUCAUACGGGGAGGACGAAGUGGGCCGGAGAGAGGCCACACACAUGCUCGGACAUCAGGAGUAUUCUUCACCGCUGUUCCAGGUGCCAAGGACUUCGGGCAGGGAGCCCUCCGCUCCUCCCGGGAGCGCCCCGCACAGGGGGCUGCAGGGCGCCGGGCUGGCCUAUGCCACCAGCUCCACGGAGGACCUCCAGCCCGGCCACUCCUCCACGUCGCUCAUCAAGGCCAUCCGUGAGGAGCUCCUGCGGCUCUCCCAAAAACAGACCGCCGUGCACAACUUCCACAGCUGAUGGGCCUCGCCUUGCAUUUGCCAAGUAUCCGCUUCCCGUGGAAGCAAGACUCAAAGGAAACCGGCUUAAGGGAUGUCAGGAAGAGACCAGCGCCUCCAGGGCUGGGGGCCGCGGAAGGGAACAGGUUGCAAUCUGAGAAGAUGCCAGAUGCCAUAGGUCACGUGACAGCUCUCGAGGCUUUUACCAAGUUGGCAAUGUUGUGACCAUUUGGGUUCAGUCGAGAUUUCUGGACUUUUGGCCAAAAGCCAGCAGCACUUCACGAAAGAUAGACCACAAACCUAAGCUAACGGAGUUUCUUAGUUAGUUCCCUUUUUCAAGGCAAAAGAUGGAAAUGUAUAGAAUGUAUAGGGCCAAAAGGAGUCCGGCAUUUCCGUGCGGAGACGUGUUUGAGGCUGGUUUGUACGGUGAACCUGCUGCUUUGUUUUCUGAGAAAAGAGAUUUGAAGACAUUUUAUUAACAGCUUAUUUCCCUCUUUUUCUCCUUAGGAACUUGUUUUACUAGUAAUAUUAACAACAAGGGUACUAAGACUGUUCGGGGAUUUAAAAAGCUACUAGUGAGAAACCAAAUGAUAGACGUAGAGCCUGAUGAUUCCACACGAAGCCAUCAUCUGCAUUUCCCCGUCUACUUCUGGUGCUACCGCUCCAAGCGCCCUCCCCCUUUAUGUCUGUGAAAUGCAACUUUGGCUUUUCCAAUGGAAGGAUGUGUUGAAGGCUUCAUUUUGUUCUAGAAAGGAAAAAACAAAAACAAAAAAACACUCCCAAAAGAGGGGGGAAAGCUAAAUAUUUAUUUGGUUAUUCAAAAUACAUAUCAGAGUUUAGAUUUACAUUCUUCAUUGUAUUUGCUGGUUUUUAAUUGGGCACAUGGGACUCCCGAGAGCAUCCCACUUCAGCACAUGUCCCCUUCGAGGCCAGUCCUACGGACUGAGGCUCUCAGGAGGUCCUAACCGAUCCUGGCGCUUUGCUGAUGAAUUGCUCACAAAUUAUGUUUGAAUGAGAAACGGUCCAUAAGCAAAAAUGAUGUUUAAGCAUUCCUGGGGCCACCAAGUAGCGAUUCGUGAGUAUGUUCCUAGUGAUCACAUUCUCUGUGUGUUCAAGACCUGGAAAUGAAGCUGAGUUCUCGCCAGCCUCUGAAUCUGGAAACGUGAAGAAGAGCUUUGGGAACAAAGGAAGGGAGAGGGCUGCUCCUAACGUCUGAUUUCAUGUGCAUGACCCUGCUGAGUGACUGCUGAAGGCGUCCGUGUGCUGUGGGCCCAAUAGAGGGUGGGUGUCAUCUCCCUUGAGGUUUACCCUGGAAGUCACCAUUCCCUCCCCCCCCCCCAAAAUUAAAGUGAGGACUGGAAUAACAAGGGCUGUUUCGUUUUCUGGUACCUGAGUGAAGCUCAGAAGAAAAAUAGAUAGCACAUGGCUACUAUGAGUUCUUUUUUAUUAGAUCAGCUAAUACUUUAAACAGCAGAUGAACAGGCAGAAUUGGGGGCUCUAACCAAAACCCGUGUCACACCUUGCGAGCCCUGAGCCAGCUCACGUAGGCUUCCGCAGUGUAAUCGUUGCUCCAGAGCCACGUUCAGCACCGCGUUAAGCCUGCCCUCAGCCGCACAGUGCGGAGCAGCCCCUCUUUAUCUGUGUGCUUCUCCGAGAGCGGGGCUGGAGAGGAAGUCUCAAGGAUGUUAAGGAGAGGGACUCCUUUCCAGGCAGCCCUCACAAGCUCCAGGAGCGUGGGAGAGAAGGCCUCCUUCUGGUUUUGAUUUCUGACCCUCGGUCUUGGGUUAAUACUCAGAGUGGAGGGAUCUCUGUGUGUGUCACUGAGAAAUACCAGGUUUCCUGAAUACGUUAUUAAGAAUGUCAGACAUCCCAGCAGAAUUGUAUUACGGACACCUUACAGUGAAGUCCAGUCGUGUGGCAGCAAGUGGACCAAAUGCAGGCCCCUCUUCUCCCCUUCUGCCCGGUGUGGUCAGCACUAAAAAUGGUUACCUCCCUUGGACAUUGAAGAAAUGGGCCCCUGUUUUAAAGGGGACUGCAAUGGCGAUUAUGAUGCCUUUCAAACUAGCAUGCAAGGAUUCGACCUGGAUUGUUCUUAGAACUGACACACUUUUAAACCGAUGUUAAGACCAAAGAGGACAUCGAAUACCUGGGGGUGGGGGAUGGGGGGCGUGUGGAGUGGUGUGGACAGGCCGGUGAGAUCACCAGCACUCGGUGUUGGUUGUGAAGCUCGCCCAGUUUGCCCUUGUUUUCUCUAAACAGCUGCCACAGAAGUUUUACCAAGCCCCAGACUCAGGACCAACUAGCUAUCUCGGGGAGCACCACACCCAAAUGGGUCUGCAGUCACUCAGACAAUGUGACCUGCUUAAAAGGAAGGUCCUCGUGUCCAUCCCGUGCGCUUUGGAGUUCAUUUAUUCGAAGCAUUCUCAAAUGAAAAGUUAAAAUGUAUGUCUCUCCUUUCCCCCUAUUUAUAUAAAUUUGAGUCAAUAUUUUAGAGAAUACUGUUUGGAGAAAUGAUCAUUGAAUUCUCUGUGUCAGGUCCCUUUUCUGAGCCUCAUUCUCCCCAUCAGCCAAACAAGGACAGACCUCCCUUGCCCACCUCCUAGAAUUUCUCAUUGUGAGAAUCAGAUGUGAUCAUGUGUGCAAGUGUCCCUUGAGAAGGAAGCACAGAGAACUGUGAAAUGUAAAAUGUUACCUGUAUGAUUAUGCUGGGAUGGAUGAUCGGAUGUGCUGUGACCUACCAGUGAGUGAGCUCACAUGGAGGUAUCCAGAGCACAACUAAAGGCCUCGUGCGACUCUUUUCCUCUCUCUUGUUUUGCUUUAAUUCACUUCCUUCUCCAUUAACUUUUAAACAGCAUUUACUACACAUUUUUCAUGCUACUGAUUUCCUGUCGAACAUGAACUCUGCCUUCUGAGGUCUUAGAAUCUAAGCCGGAUAACACAUACAGGUUUAAAAGAUGGAAGAUACACAUAAAUAACAAGGUUUAGACAUCAUUAAUGUUUGUUGAGGGUGCACAAGUGCAUUAGGAACUCAGCAGAAGAAAUGAAAGUUGCGUAUUUGGAAACAGGAUCUUGGGGAGAAGUCAACUUCAGCAGCUACCUGAGUGAAGACAGAGGAGCUGCCCAGGGAAGGGGUGAGGUGGCAUGGGGAAGCCGAGAGUGGGCCUGGGGAACGAUGGAAAAAAGUGGGUGAAGCUGUCAUUGAAAAUGAACUUGAUCUGCUACAAUACAGGGACAAAAUUCCUCACCUCACUGUCCAGGGAGUUUUGUAAGAGGAGGAAGUGGUGUUGUGAGUACAUGCUUGGAGUAAUACAAUGAGAAAGUGAUCAGGCCUGGGAAGAAGGUCCCCUGAAGAAGAGAUCCAUUCUGGAGAGGAGGGGAGCACGCCAGUGUCUGCCGAAGGACCCAGGGUCAAGCAUGGAAGUAGUGGUAAGAGUUCCACCAUCUGCUCCACUGCUUGGCGCAGAUCUCAAUGGCCAGCCAUUGGGCCACAUUCAAUCCUUUGUGAAGCGUGGUGGGUUAUAAAUACAUACAUUUGACUUCUUGACAGGCACCUACAUGUUUUUCUCCAAAUGUUAUUUAAUUUCAGAGUAUUUUUUAUUUUGGUGGCAUGUGGCUUUUGAGCAGCAGGUUAAGUGGGUUUUUUGCCAACCAGACUUUUCAGGGCAAGAGGCCUGUAGUGCAAAGCGCAGGCGAAGGUCUGCCUGAAGGCUUUGGGCGGAACCAGGUACUUCUGUGCGUUACGAGCCUCCAUUACCUGUGGACAGGGUCAGCACUGACUGCAUUGCACAGCCUCUUAGUGCUCCAGUGACCAAACCAAUCACUCGGACACUGAUUGGCAUUUGCAGUAACUCACCAGUUAAUCAUUAAAUAAACUUCUUUGUCCCCUUCAUACUAGAUUCUUAGACAUGAAUGAGUUUGUUGGUUGGAAGGAAAGCUGGUUAAGGUUCUGGGCAGGGGGAUGGGGGCCUCCAGUCUUAACUACCGCACCAACUUCAGCUCUAUUUGAGUUUUAGCCAUUUCAUUUCUACCUCCAGAGCAAGUCUCCAAAGCCAGCCUCCAUAGCCUGCUAGUCCACAUUUAUCCCAGACAGGAGCACAAGAAAGUCCACUUCUAUACCUGCCAACAGACCAUUGAUCACAAAACCCAUUUUUAUGGGAUGGUAACUUGAACUUCAUUUUUACAUUUAAUCCCACACAUUAACAGAUAUUCUUGUAACAGGUGAGAGGGGUUUCUAUGAGCAGCUGCUAUAACAUACCCAUAAAAUUUGAUAGGCUGACACUUAAUACGUAGUGAGCGAGGACUGUGUACAUUUCAGGUGUCUUUUGAUAUUUUUUGGAGGUGAUUUUCAGUGUUUAAAUGAGGACUCCUUUGUAUUAAAAAGACUUGAAAACCGAGACCUCACGGUACGAUCCUAAUUCCGUGCUCAUGUGUGUAAUGGUACACUUGAGAGUUUAUCUUCAGAACAUGCAGCAGCGUUGCCAUUUAGGAAAAGAACAUUUAAAUGCCCUUGGAAACAUGAAACAAAGUUAGGAACCCGGCGAGCAAGUGAGAAGGAAUGCAUGUCUGAAUCUGAGGAGCUCUGGUGCAGAUUGGUUUCCCACAGGGUAGGUAAUUAUGCAGGUGGCUGGCUUUUCCUUCUCCCAGGUUUUUCUGCUCUGGGGCCACUUCGAAAAGAAAGGGUGAAGGGCCAGGUAAAGAUGUAAGCAAUCUGGGUCUUGUGGUCCAUGAUUCUGUGGAACCAUUCUCGAGAAUUUGGAGCAUCGUGCCCACCAGAUUUCAUGCCUUCAUAACUGGACUCUCAAGUGUGCAAGUCAGGAAUAGUACAGGGCCAAGUUCAAGACAGACCCCCUAUACUCUCCUACAGAUGUGGGGAAGGAAGUGGGUGCUGGAGGGACAAGCUCCACCAAUGAACUCGGUUGCUGUAAGCACAGAGGGCUCAUUUCAGAAAAGGGGAGUAGACAGCUUUGCUUUCCUCCAGAGCAUCAUAGGGAGCAUGGAGCUAUGGCUGGCCUUCCCCUUCCAGGAAAGGUCGCUUCGUAGAGCUGCCCUGGGUGCCCCCUGGUAUUCUGACUCUUCCUGCACUCUCAUUCCAAGAUCGUGAGUGUUAAUGUAUGAAAAUACACAGAGUAAGUGGAGGCCACCCGUGGCAUCAGUCCUGCAACUUGAACUUGACAAUCAUGGUUUGCUGGCACUUAAAUUUUGGCAUAGGUGUAUGAUUUUAGUAAUCGAAUCCUCCCUCUAUUUGUCAGUUACGUUUCUACCCUUCAAUUAGCUGCACUGUUUUUCUAAUGUGCUGUAGAGUUUUUGAAGUAAUUUAUGCAAGUGUUUGGUUUCCAUGUUUACAAUUUAUACGGCUUUCCUAGCAUUUUAAACGGAACUGUCAAUAAAUGCUAUGAAUUGGUGUCAA